AUGAAUUUCAAAAAGAGUAAUUCCGUCUUCGGUUGUCAAGGGGGCGUGUACCCAUACCAAGUUACAUUAUACAAUCUUUCAGCCGCCUCACAGAUAGACAGCGUAACCAUUCAUAGUGCUAAUGAGAUUUCACAUAUCUCUUUUAUAACGCGAGGAGAACUGUGGGUGAGUGAUUUUGACACUCUACUAAAAGUGGACUCGGCCGGAAACAUAUUGAAUGACGAAUAUAAAGUUAGAUACUAUCCUUUAGGGAGUCACAUCGUCACAAUGGAUUUCGACUUCCUGUUUGUAAAUGACAAUGGAGUCCAUAAACUAUCGUCAGACGGGGUUAUCACCACACUCUUCAUUACCCCAAAAGCACACUGUAUCCACUCCUCCCGCAUCAAUGGUAACAUCCUGGUGGGGAGCUAUGAUGACAUGACGAGGUACAACGAUAUAGGGCGGAAACUCCAGGUGAUUAAGAAGGACGAUAGAGGACGAAGCCUUUAUAUAGCAACAGUCUACAUCACGGAGAACAAGAACGGAGACAUUUGGACAUCCGACAAGAUUAAGGGAGCAGUGGUAGUGGUGGAUAAAUCAGGGGCGUAUCGAUUUGAUUACACAGGUCGUCAGUCUCACUUUGUUCCCCAUGACAUCUGUACUGACGUCCUCGGACAAGUACUUGUGUGUGAUGUGUACAAUCACAGUGUCAAUAUCCUGGAUCAGGACGGUCAGUUCCUGUCUACUUCUGACACGAGAACAACAUGGGGUGCAUCGUCCCACGGCUCUGUGUGUGGACGACGAACACAACCUCUAUCUGGGACAAGAGUUUAG